CAGGACGAGCAACGACGGCUGCUGCGGCUUCUGAAGGAACUGGCACGCAUGUAUGUUCUAGGAUCCUUGUACCCAACCCUGUGCGCGGCGAGGGAGACUUUGAGCUAUCUGAGGCGGUUGCAGACUCAAGACAGCCCAAGCGAUAUCCAGGUUUGCAAUCCGCGAAGCAAAAGUAUCCCCGUCUUGUCAUGCUGACAGAUCCAAGGUCCACUUGUACGAGACAUAUCUCCACAUCAUCAUCUUCGUUAACAAUCGCACCCAAUGGGUUGACCUGGACGAGAUAACCUGUCCCUUUCUGCCUGAAAAUCUCAAGUCCAUCGAGGCAUUAAUGCGAUGGUACACAGUACUUCGCAACAGUGGCCUCUUCUGGGAAGCCUAUCGAGUCCUCAAGGCCAUCAGCCCACUUCUGUCCUGUGGGCCGGUCCGCCUCUAUGAUGCAUUAAUCGAUGAGGUUCUCCCAAUGGACUCGCCCACUCCUCAUCUUUGGGCUGAAGGGAUGAUCCAGUUACAGUGGGCUCGUUGCAAUCUAGAGUGGGGUGUCCUACACGGAACCACCAUGAACCAGAACCAGCGCCGCGUGGCAGAUAAUUCUCUCUUCAAGGUAAGACGCUGUCUCAACAUGGCGAAGGGGAUAUUUGCCCACCUCAAGGCCCAGGGGGAGGUGAGCUCCGAGCCUCUCGACCUGAGACUGGCGGCAUUUGACUUCAACCUCGCGGGCAAGAAUUUAUCUAACCUCUUCUUUCGACGAAGCCCUGUCUCUCUCGAUAUACUGAAUAGCCUCCUGUUCGACAGUCAUAAAAACCAUCGCCUGGAGGUUGCCAUACGCCUCCGCGCAUUCUUCCUCGGUAUGAAUAAUCCCGGCCAGUGGCGCGAUCUGCACAGCAUUCUCGAGCUGCUAAAGAUCGAGGGUGACUAUGUGGCCUUCGUGGAGCUGUGGGAGAUCAUGUCCCAGUGGUCCAUGGGAUUUUUACACAAUGACGAUCUGCGCAGCUGGGGGCAUCUUUCGCAUCUGGAGACAUGCACCGUGCUGCGCCUCCUUCGGUCAGGCAUGGGCGCCCGCCCGGAUCGGUUCCUGCAGUCAUUACUCUAUCAGCACAGUCCCCGACUUCUGUUGGAAGGCAAGAGCUGGGAACCUCACUGGCAAUAUAGUCAGGCGAUAACUCCCGAAGACUUGGAUCGAGCAUGGGUGUUUGACCUGCCCAGCUACAUCGCCUGGGGGCCCAACAGGCCAGAUGCUCGGUCGCGGCGACUCACAGAUCUCAAACCAGGCGGGGCCAUGGAUUCAAGGACUUACGCCUUUCUCAAAGAACGGGAGAUACGCCAGCUAAGUCUGGAGGAGGAGCUCCAACAUGGUCCUGAUCCUGCGCGGUCCCGAGGGUCGCUGGUGAGGUCUCCGUCUCCGAGGCGGAGAAUGGCCCCUUCUCAGGAGCAAGCUGCCGACAUCACCCGAGAGUUUCCUACACCCCUGGAGAUCUAUAAUGCCAUUCCAGAGUCUGGGAUCUCGCGUCGUCACUUGUUCGAGUGUUUUCAGCAUCGAAUUGGAUCGAGGCAAGCCGAUCUCGAUAGAUUCGAGGCCAUCGUUCGGAAUGUUUCCAUAUUUGGAAAGGGGGAUCAAUUGUUGCGGCCGGGUAGACUGGAGAUGGAGUAGCAGGGAGAAUCGGCGGGUCGUGCGAAGAAGUCGAUUGACUGUGCAUGCAGUGCUGGCUGGUUCCUCUGAGAAGACAAUGGCGACCCUGGAGCUUAAAGCCGCACACAAUACGGGCAUUGACUCUCAUACGAUAACCUUAUAUACAACGAACCAAGCGGCACACCUUUCAAAGACAGGCGAUAUAGCUUUGGUAUAUUUUGAGGCGAAAUAUGUCGAUGCAUAAACUGCUGCAUAUUGCUGUAUAUCUUGCUCAAGUUAGUCUCUUACGGGGAUUUAUGCUAAACACAAUCAAUGAACACAAUCAAUAUUAA